AUGCUCUUCAACAACAGAACAACCUGCGUGUUUAACUUGGAGGGGAAGUUACUCUCGCUCGGCAUGAAUGAGGCGUCCGCCCGCUUUGGUAUCCUUGACCGUCGUCCUCGCAUUCUCAAGAUUAUCGACCCCCAAGUCACUGUUGUGCAAACAUCGACCGUUGAGCGGCGUGGGGGCGCACCCGGACCUAAAACGCCAUCGGUGUAUACUCCAGCAGUUCCGGAGCUCGGGGUAUCUCCUUAUGGUGCCUAG